AUGCGACCAGGCGAGCCCGCUGCGACGGUCGAUGUCUUUGUCGCAGAAUUCGAUGGCGUGCGAUACCUACUUAAAGACGAGGAUGCAUCCACUAUUCUCCUCUCCGUACACCUUCCCCAACACACUGCCGCAACAAGCGCCACAGAUCCCGCGGAUGCAGCCGCCGCCGCAGCGGCGGUGAUCCCGCCUGAACUGGCGACCAGUGACGGGUUGCCAAGUGGCGCGAUGGACGCGGUAAACGCGGCGUACCGUGGGAUCGCGACGGUGCUGACGCCGCCGUCGAGCAACUACCACCUUACCCUAAUGGUGGAUCUUAAGAAGCUCCCGGAGGAGCAGCAAGCGCGCGCCGCGAUCGCGGCGAAACUAGCCGCGGUGCGGUCAGUCGUCCUCGGUGCGCCGCUGCGCGCCAUGCUGACCGCGCUGGCGGAAGGCGGAGCGGGGGAAGCGAAGGGCUUUGGGGGGGAGGCCGCGGGGGAAGACGGCGCGGGCGGGGGGAGCGCGAUGAAAGCCAUAGUGCACCGGCCGGGGGAGGUUUUCUUCGCGUCGCUGUCGAGCAAGGGCGAUCACGUGAAGAUCGUAUUCCCCGUGCACUUCCAUGAUCCGAGCGACGCCAUCCUCGCUGCCGCCUUCCUCCAGGUGCGUCGGGUGCCUCAGGUGCCUCAGGAGCUAGCAGAGGCGCGCAAGGGCGGGGGCCUGUCAUGGGCGCCCGAGUGCUCGUUCUCGCGCACGCUCCCCCCCGACCUGGACGGCGCGCCGGCGCAGUACCUGACGGCGAACGUGGGGUUCGUGACGCUGCAGGUGGGUCCGAGUGGGUCCCAGUUAGCACAGUACCUGACGGCGAACGUGGGGUUCGUGACGAUGCAGGUGGCGAAGCGGCACGUGGAGGGGCCGCGCGUGGAGCGCGUGGCAUGGCACGUGUGCUCCUUCCACUCGUUUGUCGCUCACCACGUGCGCCGCGCCAAGGGCCUGCUGCACACGCGCAUGCGCCGCCGGGGGGAUGCUCUCAACCAGGUGGGAGUGGGGGGGAAAAGCGGAGGGGAUGCAGUGGGCGAGGUGGUGGUGUGA